AUGAGCAAAAUACGUGAAGCCCAUGAAAGCUACACGACAUUGAACGUCUUGAAACGAAUAGAAGAAGAGAACCAACACACCGGAGAGAAUUUUGAGAUCAUCAAAGAGUCAACUGAACGGAUCAAAGCGUCGAUAACUACGCAAGAGGAUAUUUCGAGCUCACUUGCCGAGUCGAAAAGUCAAUUGUUUUGGAUGAAAGUCACCGCAAACCAAGAGGAGAUCAUUUUCAAAGGUGGGCUCCUUUUUUAUAUUUUAGUAAUCAUCUAUAUAAUACUCACAAGAACAGUCAUCGCGUGGUUCUUUGCAGCCGAACAAAAGUAA